GCUCUUGCUCCACUUCAAGAACAGCCCAACCGCCGUCGAUUUCGCGUUGGAGGCAAAAACCACGAGCAACGCGUACAAGGGCUGGUUGUCCGUCGGAUUCUCCGCAGCGGGCAAGAUGGCCCGCGCAGAUGCUGUGAUCGGCAACCUGCAAGGCCCGAAGAAAAUUGAUGCGUACUUCAUGAAGUCCAUCGCGAAGGCCGAUGUGAAACCAACGAAGGCUUUCGCGAUUACGAAGACGAGCGUGGUUACCAACGCCCAGGGGACUAUCAUGAAGUUCACCCGCACUGCCGGUAGUAAGGGUACUGUCCCCGUGAAGUAUGGUGCGAAGAACACUCUUCUGUGGGCGUAUUCCGCCACUGGCGCGUCCAAGGUCCUGGACAAUCACUCUCCGAUGAACAG